AUGAAAACGAAACGCAUUGUUUACGGAUGUGAUUGGAAUUAUUGUAAUGAAUAUUCUUUAAUAUCACUGUUACCUGAUUCAUUCAAAUUAACUAUGAAUAAAAAGUGGCUUAAUGAAAAUAUUUAUGGUAAUGGAUCAGUUCAUGCUUGUCAUACUUGUUCAAAUGAGAUGUGUGGCAAUCGAAGACAUCAUAUUAAUUAUGAUCAAUGUGCAUUUGCAUCAUGUAAUAAUCCCACUACAUGUUCACUCUAUAAUGUAUGGCAUGAUGUUGAGACAGAUGAAUUGUGUUAUCAAUCAGAAUGUACAAAAUCAGUGUUGAUAGGUGAGUCUAGUGAAGACAAUCAAAAAUAUAAAGUUCAAGUCGAAGCUAUUGUUUAUUUAUCACAAAAUCGUUCAAAUUUUGAAAUUUGGAAAUUAAAUAUCAAUUGUGCUGCUCAUGAUUGUACUCGUUCAAGUAUUUUUCAAGAAGUAAAAGGACAAAUUAAAAAUGAUAUCACUAAGUUAAUGGCUUUUCCAGCAGUUCGUCUUUCGAGAACAGCAUCAACUGUACAAUCUAUACAACCAACACUUUCAUGUUAUGAAUGUGCAUGUUAUGAUGAUCCUGCUUGCACGUGCAAUAUAGUUCAACCAUUUGAUGCUUCUUUAAGUUAUUGUACAAUUGUACGUGUAAAUUUUGAAAGUGGCCAUUUUACAGUUGAUUUAGAACAUAUUAAUCGAAAUUCAACUCGAGUUCAUAUACGUAAAUUUCCUUUUUUACUUGCAGAAGAAUCGAUACUUUAUAAUGAAACUACUAAAGAAUGGACAACUCGAACUAAUAUUUUAGUUUAUGGCUGUAAUUGGCAUUUAUGUAAUCAUCCUAGUCUUGUUACAUUACUUCCCAAUAGUUUUAAAAUGACUUUAAGUGACGAAUGGUUGAAUGAAAAUAUUUUAGAUAAUGGAACAAGCAUGCGCGCUUGUCAUGAAUGUCCAGGUGCUCCUACAUGUGGUACAAUUGAUUUCAUUGAUGCUAGUCGAUGUCCAAUUCAUUCAUGUAACACAACUUGUGUAGUUUCAGAUUUAUUUGAUGAUCCAUCAACUGGUGAACUAUGUUAUGAAUCAUAUUGCAGUUCAACUGAAGCAGAACUUACAGAAUAUCAACAUCGCGUUGAAUUGGAAGGUAUUAUCUAUGGUGAUCAACCAGAUAUUGUUGAAUUAUGGGAAAUCGAUCUUUAUUGUCGAGCUGAUGAUUGCUCACGACCAGAGCUUUUUAAUGAAAUUCGAGAAAAUUUAACACUCGAAACAGAGAAUAUUACACUUCUUUUGGAUAAUUCAUCUCAACCAAUAGUUGAACCACAAAUUAUCUGUUAUGAUUGCUUUUGUUAUGAUGAUCCUAAUUGUACAUGUGAUAAAUAUACAGUGUCUAGUGCCUUAUCAAGUUAUUGUACUAUUAUACGAGAAAAUUAUGGUGAAGACUUUUUUAUUGCUUUAGAACAUAUAAAUCGAAACUCAACUCGUGUUUACAUACGUGAAUUUCCAUAUCUACUUGUGGAAGAAUCAAUUAUUUAUGAUGAAAAAACAGGAUGGUGGAAUACAAGAAAUAAUAUUGUUGUUUUCGGAUGUAAUUGGGAUUAUUGUAAUGAUCCUCGUCUUGUACCAUAUCUUCCCAAUAGUUUUCAAAUGCGUCUUCCAGAAACAUGGCUUAAUUCCAAUGUUUUAGGUAAUGGUGAACCUGCACGUAAUUGUCAUGAAUGUCCAGAUGCUCCUCAAUGCGGUACCAAUGACUUUCUCGACAUUAGUCGAUGCCCAAUUCAUUCAUGCAACACUACUUGUCUGGUCUCGGAUACAUUUGAUGACCCCUUAUCUGGUGAACAAUGUUAUCAAUCAUUUUGUGCACCGCCUGAUUCAGAGUUUUUCACAAUAGAUCCACAUCGAGUAGAACUCGAAGGUGUUAUAUAUGCCCGUCAUCCUAGAAAGGUUGAAUUAUGGGAAAUUGAUGUUUUCUGUCGCGCUGAUGAUUGUUCUCGACCAGAAAUAUUUAAAGAAAUUAGACAACAUCUCUGUGUAGAUUUGGGCGAUUACACUCUCUUUUUGGGUAAUACAUCAACAGUGGGACAGGAUAAUGAUACGACUAUAUGUCCAGCAACUACAACAACUAAAACUACAACAUUGAUAACUACAACAUCCACAACAGCAACAGCAACAAUAUCUAUGACUACAACAUUUACAACUACGACAUUCAGAAUUACAACACCCAGACCUACGACAUCCAGAACUACACCGUCAGCUAUUGUAAAUACCACAACAUCAGCGACAUCUGCAUCGGUAACAUCUGGAACGACAAGUAAGGUUGAACAAACAACAACUGCACCAUAUGAAACAACGACUACAGCAAAAUCAAGUCCAUCAACCUAUAUAGCAUAUGACAUUCUUCUCCCAUUUUUGUUGCUGGUCUCUCUAAUUAAUUUAUAUUGA